AACGAUGAUUAGGUCUAUACCGAGGUGCGAUGAAGGUUCUGACAUGCACACUGACCUUACAUUUACACUAGAGCUUGUGGAGGAGCUAGGCCGACUUAAAUUGGCGAAUGCGCUUGUAGAAGCAGUUGACAUUGAUAGACAGGCCCCAGUUCGUGGCGGGCAACGUGGUGGGUCUCGUAGGGGUGGACAUCGUGGAGGUGGUCAAGCUGGUCGCAGCCGUACGACCGAGUCGGCUCCCAUCUACGAGGAAGGGAAUGAGGAGGGUGUAGAAGAGGCAUGGCUUGGCACUGAUUGGGUACUGUCUGAUGACGACGGCAGGACACCGCGAUGCACGCCUGGCGAUGGUGCUGGGCCAUCCCAUAGCGUCGAUCAUCAGGGCACUGUUCCAGCCCACACUACAUCCCAUGGUGCUAGCACGGACUUUGAGGGCCCUUCUCGUAUGUCGCCCCCAGUUUUCAGUGGAUCUGCCCAUGAUGGUGGAUGCAUAUUUGUCCCCACACCAGGCAUGCCCACCCCACCUCUAGUGCAUGUGGACCCCACCAUGUCAGCUCCAUCUCAAACCGCCCACGGAGAGGCUGUACAGAUUGAGCAGAUACCGGCUGAGGACAUUGAGCCGGUGGAGGCUUUGCGGAGAUCGCGACACCCGCGUGUGCAUGCUCCCGAUUGCGGGACCGGUGAUGGUAAGAUUAGACCUGUCAGGGCAUAUGGGCGGAAACGAAAAGAUCAUUAAAUGCCUUAGUACCUAACUGCAAUGGUGGACACGAAAAGGCCAUUGAGCUGGAUUGUCCUUGUGUGCUUAUUCUUCAUGUGUAUAGGUGACUGGAAUAAGCAUGCAAAAUGUUCUACUAAUUGGGGAGAAUCUUGGUGGCUGUGCAUCUAUUUCUGGAUCAUUGCUUGGGGAGAAUACUGGCUGUCAAUGUGUUUGUUGUCAAGAAAUUGAUAUUUUGGAGAAAACCCAUAAGGCGUAUUGUAUUUAUUGAUGUAUUAGGAAGUUUUUCUGCACUUGGAGUUUUGAUUGCAAUUUGACAAAUGUCUGGAUUGGUAUUCAUUUGAA